GCAAAAAAAAACUUCAAAGUUACUUCAAGGUCUGUGUUGAGUGUACUUGUCCGUUGAUAACCAACAAAAUUCCACUCAUCAACUGUGUUGUUGACGGGCAAGGCAAAUAAAUUUGUAAGAUAUUACUUAAUAAAAAGAAGACAGGAUUCGGUAAUUAUAGAUUCAUUGAGCAUCAUUUAUAUUCCAUCUUGUUAAGUAUGAGUAUUGCGUGUUCUUUGCACAAUGUCAUGGGCAAGAUUUCAAAGAUUACAUCUGUUUUGAUAUCAUCUGGAUUUACUACUUCUGCAACUUUCAAAAUGGCUGAUUCCGUCGCUGAAAACCGCAAAAUGUACGUAGAAAUGCCUGUUGGGGAGAAACGAGCCCAAUACAAGUGUGGAAACAAUUUUGUCACCUUAGACAAAGUAGAAACUUGGGCUUCUAAGUCUCAAAAUUUAGAAGAUUCGGUUAAAGUUGAUAGUAACAAGUUAAAAAAAUAUACAGAAGCAGGUUUUGGGCCGUUCAGUUCCAACCCAUCACUGAACCAGUCGGUGUCUAUGUGGGCUGGAGAUAUUACUACUUUGGAGAUUGAUGCUAUCGUCAACGCAGCCAAUGAAUCACUCAUGGGUGGAGGAGGAGUGGACGGAGCAAUACACCGGGCGGCAGGACCGCAGCUGAAGGCAGAGUGCGCUACGCUCCACGGCUGUCCCACCGGCCAGGCCAAGAUAACAGGCGGAUACAAACUACCUGCUAAAUAUAUUAUUCACACUGUGGGACCCCGAGGUGAAAAACCAGACCUGCUUCAAAGUUGUUACCAGAACUGUCUAGAAAUCCUUCGUAAAGAAAAUCUCCGUUCAAUUGCAUUCCCUUGUAUUUCAACUGGAAUAUAUGGUUACCCUCAAGAAAAUGCAGCCAAAGUAGCACUCACAACGGUCAGGAAGUUCAUGGAUCAACAUCCGGACUCUAUUGAACGUGUGAUAUUCUGCCUGUUUUUGAAGGAGGAUAUUGAGAUCUACAGCCACCUCAUGCAGGUUGCUUUCCCGGCCCAGUAGACUCUCGCCGAGUACCUUUGUGCAUCGCUGGACAGAUGAUUAGGAAUAUAAAUUGUGAUCAUCUCCUAUUAUAAUAAAUAAUAUUAAGUUUUGUAUUUUGUUCAUUCA